AUCCAGGCGUCAUGUCAAUUUACGGAGAGAUAGGACAGACACAUUUGGCAAUCUAACAAGAAAGUGAAUAAGCUAAAUUGCUGUACUGGAAAAUACUGUCAACAAUUGCCAAAACGGAAUACAAGAGGCCGUUGGGAGUUUCGCAGAAUAAAUCUGAAACAACAAUAGCUGUGAUGAUGUCAACCGUCGGACAGUCUCCACAACAAUUGAUUUCCAUUGAAGAAGAUAAGAUGCAUGUAACUGUUCCUGGCGCAAACAAGAUGGAAAGACUUCCAGUCGACAUGAGGCCAGUGGGAGUUUCGCAGAAUAAACCUGAAACAACACAAGCUGGGAUGAAGUCAACCGUUGGACAGCCUCCACAACAAUUAAUUUCCAGUGAAGAAGAUAAGAUGCAUGUUACUGUUCCUGGCGCAAACGAGAGGAAAGGACUUUCAGUCGACAUGGACACUGUUUACGCGGCUCAAGAACUGGUAUCAACAUUCGAUCUACCGAAUAGGACUACGGAGACUGUUAGGAUUACGGGCACUGUUAACACGGCACAAGAACUGGUAUCAACAUCCGAUCUACAGAAUAGAGAACUCCUUGAUCUUACAAAGGAAGAAAUAAUUCAACGUGCAACUCAAAAUGAAAGAACUCUGAAUAACAUAAUUGGUCAAAUUAAAGAACAGAUUGAGGUUAAGCAAAAAGAACUUGGGCAACUUAAAAAUAAAUUGAGCUCAAGUCGUGACCAAGAUGAAAAGGAGGAACUUCAACGUCAAUUGGCAGUUGCGGAAACACACCUUCAGCUCCUUCAAGACUUGGUACUAGUCCAGAACAAAAGGAUAUGCACGCUGCAAAUAAUGGUAGAAGCCUUACGGAAAGAACCAACAUCAGGCAUUUCAAGCGAAACCAGACAGAUACUCAUUCAUUUGCGUGAAGAGGACUACCGACUAGAAUCUGAUAUCAAAACUAUUGAGAUACGUCUUCAAAAUUCAGAAUAUAGGUCAACUGGGAUAGAUACGAUGACAGAAUUAGAAAGAAAUACAGAAGAACUUGAGGCAAAGUGUUCUGAUUUGGAAAAAGAUAAUAAGACCCUUAAUAAAGACUUUACCACCGCUACCGAUACGAGUCAGAUGAACAACUUGGAACAAAACAAACCGGAACACCAGACAAAGCAUACUGGUAUGGCAAAACAGAAGACAACCCUACAAAAGACCAGAGAUUCGAUGAAGACAUUGGAAAGAGACACUCAAGAAUUCCAAACAGAGUAUAGUGAUAAGGAAAAAGAGAAAUAUACCACGUGUACGGACCUACACUCUACACGAGAUCAGGCGAAGACAUUAGAACAAGAAAAACAAGAACUCAAUGCAAAGUAUGAUGAUAUGGAAAAAGAGAAGAAGAACCUUGAGACAGCCCUACAAAACGCAAGAGAUCAGACGAAGACAGCCCUACAAAACGCAAGAGAUCAGAUAACGGAGUUACAAAGAAAUAAAAAAGAACUUGAGGCAAAGUGUUCUGAUUUGGAAAACGAUAAUAAGACCAUUCAUACAGACUUGAACACCGCCACCGAUACGACGAAGACCUUAGAAAAAGACAAACAAGAACUUAAUACAAAGUAUGAUGAUAUGGAAAAAGAGAAGAAGAAUCUUGAGACAGCCCUACAAACAGCAAGAGAUAAGAUGACGGAAUUAGAAGAAAGCAGGAAAGGACUUGAGGCAAAGUGUGAUGAAUUUGAAGAAAUGAAUCAGACACUUCAUAAUGACUUAAACAAGGCUGCCGAUACGAUGAAGAAAUUGGAGACAGACAAACAAGAACUCCAGACAAAGUAUAAUGAUAAUGAAAAAGACAAGAAGAACGUUGAGACAGCCCUACGAAAGACAAUAGAUCAGAUGACGGAAUUAGAAGAACGCAAGAAAGGACUUGAGGCAAAGUGUGAUGAAUUUGUAGAAAUGAAUCAGACACUUCAUAAUGACUUAAACAAGGCUGCCGAUACGAUGAAGAAAUUGGAGACAGACAACCAAGAACUCCAGACAAAGUAUAAUGAUAAGGAAAAAGAGAAGAAGAACGUUGAGACAGCCCUACGAAAGUCAAUAGAUCAGAUAACGGAGUUACAAAGAAAUAAAAAAGAACUUGAGGCAAAGUGUUCUGAUUUGGAAAACGAUAAUAAGACCAUUCAUACAGACUUGAACACCGCCACCGAUACGACGAAGACCUUAGAAAAAGACAAACAAGAACUUAAUACAAAGUAUGAUGAUAUGGAAAAAGAGAAGAAGAAUCUUGAGACAGCCCUACAAACAGCAAGAGAUAAGAUGACGGAAUUAGAAGAAAGCAGGAAAGUACUUGAGGCAAAGUGUGAUGAAUUUGAAGAAAUGAAGCAGACACUUCAUAAUGACUUAAACAAGGCUGCCGAUAAGAUGAAGAAAUUGGAGACAGACAAACAAGAACUCCAGACAAAGUAUAAUGAUAAGGAAAAAGAGAAGAAGAACGGUGAGACAGCCCUACAAAAGACAAUAGAUCAGAAGAACAAACUGGAGACAGACCAACAAGAACUCCAGACAAAGUAUAAUGAUAUGGAAAAACAGAAGAAGAACGUUGAGACAGAUCUUCAAAGGACGAUCGAUCAGAAGAAAAAACUGGAGACAGACCAACAAGAACUCCAGACAAAGUAUAAUGAUAUGGAAAAACAGAAGAAGAACGUUGAGACUGAUCUUCAAAGGACGACAUAUCAGAAGAACAAACUGGAGACAGACCAACAAGAACUCCAGACAAAGUAUAAUGAUAUGGAAAAACAGAAGAAGAACGUUGAGACAGAUUUUCAAAGGACGAUCGAUCAGAAGAAAAAACUGGAGACAGACCAACAAGAACUCCAGACAAAGUAUAAUGAUAUGGAAAAACAGAAGAAGAACGUUGAGACUGAUCUUCAAAGGACGACAUAUCAGAUGAAGAACUUGGAGACAGACCAACAAAAUCUGCAGACAAAGUAUACUAAUAUUGAAAAAGAGAAGAAGAACGUUGAGGCAGUCCUACAAAAGGCAAGAGAUCAGAUUAAAACAUUUGAAAAAGAAAAAAAAGAAUUUCAGGAAAAGUAUACUGAAAUGGAAAAACAGAAGAUGAAAAUUGAUACAGACCUAACCACGACAAGAGAUCAGGUAAAGAAGUUUGAGAAAGAAAAAGAGGAACUCCAGAGAAAGUAUUAUGGUAUGAAGAAAGAGAACAAGAGCCUUGCUACAGACCUAAAAAUAACACGGGACAAGAUGUCGGAAUUAGAAAAGAGCAGCGAAGGACUUGUGGCAAAGUGCAACGAUUUUGAAAAUGAGAAUAAAACACUUCAUAAAGGCUUAAACGCGGCAACCAAUACGGAUCGUGUGCUUGACAUGCGCAGCAUUCAACUUGACUCUGAGUAA